GGCCGGGGGGUCGAGCAACUCCAUACAUACCACCUGCUUGCCUGUCGACCGGUCCCAUCUCCAUACCCACCGUGGUCACAAAAGAAAUUUCGGCUGCAGAAUUACAGAGGAGCUGGAAACAUAUAUAAGAGGUCAAGAUGCCUCCCCGGAGGCGACCACAAUUCACCCAGGAGACCAUCGACCAGCAGCUUCAGCAGAUCCAUCUCCUUGACCAGUCGUCUUCGUCCGAGAACUUGGAGCAGCUCGGGCCCAUCAUCAAGCAAAUUCAUGCGAACCGGCAGCAAGACGCGUACCUCCGCGCCGUCGGCCAACUCAUCCAGGCCAAGGACGCUGAAAUCGAGACAAUAUGCGGCGACAACUACCAGGAGUUCAUUAGCUCCGUGUCUACUCUGUUCUCCGUGAAGUCUUACACCAACAACCUUCGCGACAAGAUUCAGACCUUGGACGCUGGGGUUGAGCAAGUUGGGCGCGGACUGGUGGAGAAGAAGCGUGCGUUAUUGCAGACCAAGAAGACGGCCGGAAACUUGGACGAGGCCGUGGACACUCUGCAGGCAUGCCUCCGGGUCCUCGACGUCGUGAACCGCGUCGGAGAGAUGAUUAAGGAGGGGAAGUACUGGAGUGCACUACGGUCACUUGAAGACAUUGAGAGCAUGCCAGCGACGUCGUUAUCGCAAACACCGCUCUUCCAGCAUCUGCUGUCCUCUCUGCCAUCUCUUCGCGGCCAGAUUAAGGAUGCAGUUUCUGCCUCCAUGAAGCAAUGGCUCCUGGACAUCCGUAACGUCAGUGCACAAGUUGGACAGUUGGCACUCGAUGCGAUGGAGCAUCGCGUGCGGAAAUGGCGAGCGCGAAGGGAGAAGGAUCCCCUCCUGAAGCUCAACCGCGUGGGUAGCGCUGUGGAAAUCUCAACGAACGAGAAGACGGAAUUUAACGUCCUAGAUAAUGAGCAUUUACAAGUCGAUUUCAAGCCGCUCUACGAAUGCAUACACAUAUACAGUGCCUUGGAUUCCCUCGAUGAGAUUCGCCGAUCAUACCAAGCAGACCGGAAGGCUCAAUCAGAUCUCAUCCUCCCAAAUAUACUGCCCUUAGAUCAGUUGCCGAAAGUGACUGAGGAAGUCGUCGGCUUCUUCAUCAUCGAGACGCACGUCCUCAACACGACAGGCAGCUUCCGUUCACCGCGAGAGGUUGAAGAUCUGUGGGAUGCGUUGUUGCGCCGCAUAGGGAAUGCAGUGGAUACUGCGCUGAAGAAUAUCAGCGAUGCGGACGCGUAUCUAGGCGUAAAAGAGUGUCUACUCAGCUUCACUAUGACUCUGGAGCAAUACUCGUACUCUACGGAGAACCUGCAUGCUUUCAUCCUAUACCUCUUUGGACGAUACGUAUCAAUUCUCGAGUUCAAGUUCGGCGUACGCUUCGAGAAGAUUGUCUUGCAAGAUGACUGCCUGCCCAUGUACGUGGAGAAUGCCACCGAACGGGAUAGUGUCUUGGACACCGUAUGGCUGACGAAAGAGGAACGAGAGCAAUUGACUAAGAGCUCAUUACCGCUGACGUUACCCUGGUCUUCAGGCUUCUACCUGUGCUGUCAAGAUAUCAGGAACUUCGUGCAGAACUUCUAUCAGUUCCUCGAAGGUGUGUCACAGCAUCACCGAAACAUCGAUGACCUGCUCAGCAGAACUCUUGACCAUAUCCUGGCCGAUUUCAUUGGCACCAAUAUUGCGAAACGAGUACAGAGCACCUCGAAUCUGUCCCAGAUUGUGCAGAUCGUUGCAAACAUCGAACACCUCGAGAUUGCCUGCGCGGAACUAGAGCGUUCUCUGACGCUAAUCCGCUCGUCGCAGCGUGGAGGCGCCAUCCACAUCACCGCCGCCCCUGCCUUCAAUGCCACCCUCCAAACAGCGGUCGCCCGCGUGAAUUCUUCGAUCGCAUCGAAGCUCGAUGACUUCUUCGGGCUGUCCGAGUAUGACUGGACACCGCCGCGACGCGAGGAAAACCCGAGCAUGUACCUGUACGAGCUCAUCAACUGGCUCACGACCGUCGUCGACUCGCUCGUUAUCAAAGACGCAUACAAGGACAAGGCGUACCGCGGCGCUGCGGACUACAUCGCGGAAUGCUUCAUGGACUUCCUCAUAGGGCGCAACGUGCCUAUGAUCAACGAGAACGCUGUGGCAAACCUCGUCACCGAUAUCGAAUUCCUUGAGGACGAGUUCAAGAAGAGUGGUCAUGCCCAUCUGAACGCCGCAUUCCUCGAGCUGCGCCUGAUGGCCACGAUUGUCCUGGAGGAUCAAGUCCAACAAUACCUCAUCCCAGCGGUCCGACAAGCUUCCUACUCCGUCGUGAGGCCUAGAAAUCUUCAGUCAUUACUCCAAAAACUGGCCAAAUGGGGUUCGGAGUGCAAAGACACUGCGUCUCGGCAGCGCGGCGAGAAACGCAGAAAGGAGGCGGAGGCAGUUGGUGCACUCGUGCAGGCGGAUGGGCGGUAG